AUGUCACUCCCAGAAUGGAAAGCAGCUCUAUCCAUGUCUCAACGAUAUGAGACAAUCCAAAAGAUACAAACCUCCCUCUCUGCUUCUAGCAUGAGUGAGGCCAUCGCCAUUGAACAGGCCGCCUACCAAAUCUCUUCUACUCAGGAAGAGUAUAAUCUCGCCUGCCAACCGACAUCAACUCCAACACCCCCGUUGCAGGAACAAGAGAGUGAGAUCGACUCUGGCAUUAGGAUUGGGUCAUAUAAAAACUGCCGACCCGUGUCAGAAGGUGUCACUUCAGAGGUUUACCGGUCAGGCGACAAAGCUCUCAAGGUUAUCGUGACGUACCAGGACAUUGAACCUCAUAAUCCUCAGCGCGAGGCAAAGAUACUAAAGACUCUACGAUCACCAUGUAUUCCCCUUCUCGACACCUUUCGAGACCAGGAACAGCGAUUCGUCCUCGUCUUUCCCUUUAUGCCAUAUACUCUAGCCGAUGUUCUCGCUCAAGGGCCUCUACCUCUAGGCUCUUUGCGUUCAAUCUUCCAAGACAUACUACAAGGUCUAAAGGAUAUACAUACACAAGGCAUCAUACACCGAGACAUCAAACCAUCCGCCAUCCUCCUCUCUUCUCUCACAGGUCCAGCAUAUCUCUCCGACUUUGGAACAGCGUGGCAUCCCGAGCUGUCAAUUAGCUCAGAGCCAGCCGACGAUAAGAUUCUCGAUAUCGGGACGGGCCCCUACCGUGCCAUAGAUGUACUCUUUGGUAACAAGUCCUAUGGUCCGGAAGUCGACAUGUGGGGGCUAGGAGUCAUGCUGACAGAAGUUCUUCGCGAUCCUCCUACCCCAAUAUUCGAGUCUCGUGCUGUUCACGAAGACGGCAAUCAGCUCGGUCUCAUUCUAAGCAUCUUCAAAACUAUUGGCACACCAACACCUCAGACAUGGCCCGAAGCAAAAAGGUUCAAGGUUGCUCCUUUCGAGCUUUGGACAAGCUUCCCAGGUCAAAGUUGGCAGGAGCUUCUACCCAAUGUGAACCCUAACUUUAUAGAUCUCGUGUCGUCGCUUGUGCGGGGAUAUUUUAUCUUGCCUGCUACAGCGACCCCUAAGCAGAGUUCUACGGACGAGGAUGGAGAUGAAGUGAUGACUACCGAUGACGACUAUUACUCAAGCGAUGCUGGAGAUGCGGCACAGGCGAUGGAAAUGAUGAGUAUCGACAUCUCAAAUAUCGAAGACGAUACGGCAAUGGAUCGGACAGAUUAUGACGGGGACACGGAGAUGUAG